GGGGGGAGAGAGCCUGGGCCGAGGCAAGGGAAAUGCACCAAUCGGCGGCUCCCCCGGGCACACAACUGUCCUCCGCGCCCGGAAAACUAGCUAGUGCGCUGGGGACCCGAGGCCCGGGCCGCCGCGCUCCGGCCUAGCCCCGCGGCCUCGCUGCCGCCCCAGAGCAUGCUCAGGACCCCCUGCGUAUCCAGCACUGAAGCCCCGGCCUCAGGUCUCUGCCCCCGCGCGGGGCCCGGGCCUCGCGGCCGGAGGGAGCGGCCGGAUGGAGCGGAGGAUGAAAGGCGGAUACUUGGACCAGCAAGUGCCCUACACCUUCUGCAGCAAAUCUCCCGGAAAUGGGAGCUCGCGCGAAGCGCUGAUGGUCCCGCAGGGGAAACUCAUGGACCCCGGCUCCCUGCCGCCCCCCGACUCGGAAGAUCUCUUCCAGGAUCUAAGUCACUUCCAGGAGACGUGGCUCGCUGAAGCUCAGGUACCAGAUAGUGAUGAACAGUUUGUUCCUGAUUUCCAUUCAGAAAACUUAGCUUUCCACAGCCCCACCACCAGGAUCAAGGAGGAGCCCCAGAGUCCCCGGACAGACCCGGCCCUGUCCUGCAGCAGGAAGCCGCCACUCCCCUACCACCAUGGCGAGCAGUGCCUUUAUUCCAGUGCCUAUGACCCCCCUAGACAAAUCGCCAUCAAGUCCCCCGCCCCUGGUGCCCCCGGACAGUCGCCCCUGCAGCCCUUUCCCCGGGCAGAACAACGGAGUUUCGUGAGAUCCUCUGGCACCUCCCAGCCCCACCCUGGCCACGGGUACCUCGGGGAGCAUAGCUCCGUCUUCCAGCAGCCCUUGGAUAUUUGCCACUCCUUCACAUCCUCUCAGGGAGGGGGCCGGGAACCCCUCCCAACCCCCUACCAACACCAGCUGUCGGAGCCCUGCCCACCCUACCCCCAGCAGAGCUUCAAGCAGGAAUACCUUGACCCCCUGUACGAACAGCUGGCCAUGGGCCAGGGUGGGGUCAAUGGGCACAGGUACCCAGGGGCGGGGGUGGUGAUCAAACAAGAGCAGACGGACUUCGCCUAUGACUCGGAUGUCCCUGGGUGUGCGUCCAUGUACCUACACACAGAGGGUUUCCCCGGACCCUCUCCAGGCUAUGGCUAUGAGAAACCUGUGCGACCAUUCCCAGAUGAUGUCUGUGUCGUCCCUGAGAAAUUUGAAGGAGACAUCAAGCAGGAAGGGAUGGGAGCGUUCCGAGAGGGACCGCCCUACCAGCGCCGGGGUGCCUUGCAGCUGUGGCAGUUUCUCGUGGCCCUGCUCGAUGACCCAACGAAUGCUCACUUCAUUGCCUGGACGGGCCGGGGGAUGGAGUUCAAGCUAAUAGAGCCUGAGGAGGUCGCCAGGCUCUGGGGCAUCCAGAAGAACCGGCCCGCCAUGAAUUACGACAAACUGAGCCGCUCACUCCGAUACUAUUAUGAGAAAGGCAUCAUGCAGAAGGUGGCUGGAGAGCGUUAUGUGUACAAGUUCGUGUGCGAGCCUGAGGCCCUCUUCUCUCUGGCCUUCCCGGACAAUCAGCGUCCAGCUCUCAAGGCCGAGUUUGACAGGCCGGUCAGUGAGGAAGACACAGUCCCUUUGUCCCACUUGGACGAGAGCCCUGCCUACCUCCCAGAGCUGGCUGGUCCUACCCAGCCCUUUGGCCCCAAGGGUGGCUACUCCUACUAGCCCCCAGCAGCUGCUCCCUGGCCACCGGGGUGCUGUCCUGUGUACAUAUAGAUGAAUUUGGUGUUGGGGAAACCCUCACUCUGAAACCCACAGAUGUCUUGGAGCAGGUCCCCACUGGCCUAUCAGCCGCCCUGGCCCAGACUCUGAGCCGUGCACCAGAGUCCCUGGGAAGGACAAGUGGAGACACUCCAAGUGCAAGGUGGAGUCAGAAACUCCUGGGGGUCUCACCUCUGGCCUCUUCCUAAGUCCAUCUUAGAGGCCCAAGACCCUCCCCCACCCCCCGUCACAGAGAACAAGAGUUUGUUCUGUUCUGGGGGACAAAGCAGCACCCCUCCUUUAUCCUGGUGCAGAGGAUGCACUGAGCUCCCAGAUCGCCCACUGUGGGGAGGCAGAAGCCUGGAUCUUGCACUCCACUCCAAGCUGUGGCCCUGGAGGGUCCUGCUUGUCAGUUCUUGGUGCUCCGUUUCCCAGAGGCAGGGGCAGGGGAAGGGGCGCUGGAGGAAGGAACGUGGGAUGGGGGCGGGGAUGGAGGCAGGGAGGGCUCGGUUCCUGCUCUGAGGGCCCUUUGCUCUGCCCGUUCCUAGGCCCAGGCCUGGGGUGUCACCCUAAUAAAGGCCCCUGCUUCUCCUGUUCUCCUGUG